AUGACAGCUUCGAGGGCAGGCUUUGCUCACCUCCACGCCUUUCUUCUUUCACCACUUCGACUUGAUGUAGAGCUAGGCAAGCAGCACAGCACACGACCUGGAAGCUUGAUGAAGCGCAGCAGCCCAUCAGCGAGGGCGAGCUUCACAAGUAGGUCAAUGAUGCCCAGGAGGCAGUUUCACUCUUCAGCACGCAGGCAUCGAGAGGACCGACAGGACGACCAGGAUGAUGACAAUCCUUGGGGCAAUCUAGACAAAGCGUUCGAGAAUCUAGAGGAUAGAUCGUUGUAUACGCAGGUCUACCAAAAGCGUCCUCACACAGACGCCUUUCCGCCUCUCCCAGAUCAGCCUCGAACGAAGACCUCGUCGACCAAGGAUCCGAUCUCCGAGAUGGAAGAAGCCAUCUUUGCUCAAGCUGGAGCUGCCGCCGUCAAGAGCACACCGAAGCCAACACGCAAUGUUCGAAUGGGUGCGCUGUCGGGUGUGAGGUUCUCGGACUCUCCUCCUUCUGCCUCUUCGCCAACAUCUUUUGGAACGAAUAUGCUUGACCUCGGAGGAGCGGCGGCAUCGGCCGCGCGGUGGUCGGAUUACAUGCAGGACAGCAGCGAAGAUGAUGAUUCGCCCUGGUCGUCUCUGGAUGCAUUUGUCGACAAUCCGGACUCAUCUGCGCAGUUUGCCGUGCCUUUGCACUUGCAGGGUCAGCAGGAGGUCAUGCAGCUGAACGCACAGCAGUACGCGCGGCAAUCGAAACAAGGCGGACGACCGCAACAGCAACGCAUGAACUCGAAGGAAGCCUUUGCGGCUAACGACGACCUACUCCGUCAACAGAUCGAGCUGCAAUCGAACCAGGAUGCAGAGGAAGCAGAAUUCGCACGUGCUGGAGCAGCCGCCGUCUCGCAGUUGUUCAACAACCCGCAAGGAGCCGAGGUGGAUGCGAACGACUCCCAUCGUCUCUCGCACAUCGACCCCACCACCAACUCGGCUUCCAUGGUCGACGUAUCCUCCAAGCACACCACCUCUCGCUCCGCCACCGCUGUUGGGCGAAUCUACCUCCCUCACUCCGCCGUCCGCCUCCUGCGGGAAACCGAAUCGUCCCGCGGCAUCUCCAACAAGGGACCCGUGCUUCACACCGCGCAGCUAGCCGGCAUCAUGGCAGCCAAGCGAACAGCCGACCUCAUCCCACUCUGCCACCCGCUGCCACUGACGCACGUCGAGGUCAAGCUCGAUAUCAUUGAUGCGGAGGAGGAGAGUUGGAUCGAGGUGGAGUGUACGGCGAGGACGGCAGGGCAGACGGGGGUGGAGAUGGAGGCGUUGACGGGGUGUAUGGGCGCAUGUCUGACGGUGUGGGAUAUGGUUAAGGCGGUUGCGGGGAGGGAGAUGAGGAUUGGGGAGGUGAUGGUGGUGAGGAAAAGUGGGGGGAAGAGCGGGGAUUGGGAGCGGAGGGUUUGA